CGGCCGAAGCGAACGUGAAUUAGUUUUCUUUCCGUUUCCUCCAGCACUAAGCACUAGUUUAGUUCAGGGCUUUGGCAAUAGUGUUAAUACGGUGAGCAGGAUCGUUUGGACACUGCAUUCAGAUUAAAACACUCGCGACAGUGGUGUGCUGUGUUCCCAUAGUGAUAAUUAAAAUUUAUUGUUAUUCUAUGUAAAUUUGGGUGAAAGAGACUUGUUUUAUUUUUACUUUAGUUUUAACCUUUGUUUUGUAUAAACAUUUUCGGUUUCCUUCUCGUUGAUGUUGCGUUAAUUAGUGUGAUUUGUGAAAUUUUGUGGAACACGAGCAUCUGAUAAAAGUUGAACGCAUUAAUACCAGAAACAAGACAAGCUGAACAGUGAAUAUGUUGAAGCGUAUGUGCUAACAAUGUAGUUGUGUGCGCUGAUAGUUUUUGGUCAAGCUGAGCAACAAGAAAAAAAACUGAACGCAUUAAUGAUAGUGUACAGCGGGUUGUGUUUUUUGUGUGAUGGCCAGUAAUGGGGGGACUCUACAUGGGGUUCCCCAAGCACAGCAGAGUUUAGUUGGACAUCACAGCUGCUCUCACUGUGGUCUCUACUUUGAGAGUUCCUCGUCGUUACAAGUGCAUAUGCACUAUCAUCAUGAGACAAUGAACCGUUGGGGCUCGUCAGCAGCUGGAAGUUUGCCAAGUUCAACAACGUCUUCUACACCAACUUCGGAUACGGAAAAUAAUAAUCAACCAUCGUUGAAGUCACACGUUAAAUCAACAUCACCGCAUCAAACAAUUGCAGCGGCAGCGGAUUCAAGUGAUAACCAACCAUCGACUCCGCAGCCAUCAUCGCUCCCAGAGCCAGGUACGCCACAAAGUUUUACUGGCGGCGCUUCGCCAUAUCAGCAACCACCCAAUAUUAUUGCUCCACCAGAGAUGCACUAUCCUACCUAUAUUCACGGGUAUGAUCCUUACUAUCAUCCAACAAGUAUUGAUUACGGAAAUCCGCUGCCUCCUCCUCAUCUCAAUAGUCAACCCCAACAAGAGUACAAAGCAGUGCCUUCCGCCAGAUACCACCCUUACAGCAACAACAUCCACAGUAACGGAAAUCCUCAUAAUGUUUCCGCUUUAAAUUCGAACAAUACUGCAACCAAUAAUGCAACACCGCUCAACAAUGCUGGGCUGAGCCCACAAGUGGUUAGCUCUUCUAGCAGCACUCAAAACCCAACGACACAAGCGUCCACAACAGUAGCAUCAUCAACUACAACUUCGUCACCGCAACACAGCAGUCAUAUUCCACCUACACCAUCCCCAUCGCCGAUUCAAUGUGAAAAAUGCGGAUUGGUGUGUGAUAAUGAUGAUGCACUAAGUGAACAUGACGCAUCAGCCCAUCAAUCUCAACAACAACAGCCACCGUCGCAACAGUCGUCCGAUGGAAACAGCAUGAAUCGGAACGAGGAUUCAGACAUGCACAGUGGCUAUACUUAUCCUCCGCCAUUUAUAAAAGAAGAGCCGCCAUCAUCAGAUAUUCUAGAUUUAGAUUCUCAGAAAAUGGUCUACCCGCCGGAACAUGCACUACCUCCAAUGAACUCGUUGCACCCGCUGCAAUCAAUGCAACGUCAUCCGAUGAUGUGGCCACACGAUCCACAUAACUUUAUGCCACCACAUCAUCCACACGAUUUGAAAGCACCGUAUUACCAUCCACAAAUCAAAUCGGAAUACUCCACAACCCCUUCCUUGAAAGGCGACUAUCCGCAGCAUGCUGCAAUGCAUGUGAAACAAGAAUAUACACCGAUCGUGGCACCUUCACCUCUAAAAAAUGAAUACAAUAUUCCACCGACACUACCACCAGCUGUUCCGCAACCAAACCAAUCGGUGAAACCCUUUACCGAGGAAUGUGAGAACAAUCAAUUGGCUACAAGUCCGUCGGAUUUUCCAAGCACAACGACGCCACAAGAAAGUAAUUCGCAAUUUCGAAAUUUUGAGCCUCCGACAUCUUCACUUCCAAACAGCGCAUUACCAACAAAGGGUACGGCGUGGAAAUCUAAUGAGGCUAGAAGACCAAAAACAUACAAUUGUACAGCGUGUAAUAAAUGGUUUACAAGUUCCGGCCAUUUGAAGCGCCACUACAAUACGACACUGCAUAAAAACGCCGUUAAAUCCAGUGGCCAACCGGAUCCAGCAACAUUACCAAUUAGUAUUCACCAUCACCCUGGCCGUGAUCCAAACUAUGCUACAAAGGGAAGGAGGGGAGCAGCGGCACAAAUACAGCAACCCAUACAGCAACCGGUGCCACCUCCCGAUCCUCCUAGAAGCCCUGAUUAUGGUUCUCAAUACAACACAUCGGGGUUUACAACCCCCUCUGGACAUCAGAUCACCUCGAAUCAGGGGUUUCAUCAAUACAAUUCCAAUAUUCAAACCACCUCGUCAACGGUUCCCCCAAACGGGGUAGCAGGUCCCUCCGUCCAAGCCUCCCAACCGAGGGGCCUGCAGAUCUUCUCGAACAGCAACAUGGAAACGUUGCAGCAGCAGGAGCAAACGGAACAAAUGCCUACUAUCACCACCACCACCAGCAUUCCAUCGCCGUUGCACAGUCAACACAUCAUCAAUACAACGGCGCAAUACCCCACCACCAACCCUUUAACUAUCAACAUCAGCAUCCCAUCAUUCCAAACCAUCCUGCCGGAGGCACCGAGUUAUCACCAUAUUAUUGGUAAUCAUAACGCAUCAACCAGUGCGAAUGAAAUGGUGUCCAAUGAUCAUUACUAUCCACUCAAUGGUUAUGACACAGCGAUGACCGAAGAAACAUCCAUAGCUUCGACCGUAACUCCGAUCUCAUCGGAGUUUCCUCGAUAUCCGGGGGGCGCCGAAAUGUAUCAAGGCGAUACGGCGCCCCCCUUUUCACCUAAUGUACCGGAGCAGUAUCACCAAACUUGCACGAUUUUUAGUGAACUCCGCACACCGACUCCGCAAUUGGCUGCCACAGUUCCGUCGCUUUCGCCGGCGCCAUGUUCACCAAGGGUUACAUCGACUGGCACAACUCUGCCGGCGGAGAAUCGUCCCAGCGAUGUUCACCGUUGCGAAGAAUGUGACAAGGUUUUCAAUAAGGCAUGCUACUUAACACAACAUAACAAAACCUUCCACUCCGGUGACAAACCGUUCAAGUGUCAUCGUUGUGGUAAACGGUUCCCAUGCGAUCAAUCGCACGAGGAACAUCUCGCGAAGCACGGCGGCGAAAAACCAUUCAAAUGUGAGCUUUGCCCAAAACAGUUUAAUCACAAGACGGAUCUACGCCGGCAUAUGUGUCUACACAGUGGUUCCAAGCCGUAUGUUUGUGAGCAAUGCGGUAAAGGAUUCAUUCGUAAGGAUCAUAUGCUGAAGCACUGCGACACGCAUAGAAAGAAAGUAACUACGAGUGUGAAGAAGGCGGUUCUCGGAAAAAAUGGGCCGCGAGUCCAAUCGAAGGCUGCCUUUAUGGAUGAUGAAUGACGGUGGGCCAUGGUCCGUUGUCUGACGCCGGAACCCUGAAUGAAGCAACCUGACGACGGAUAACUGGAGAGAUCUUCAGCAAAAUCGGUAAUGUUUACAAUUUCUAUUUUAUUUAAAUUGCUUAGUUAUAUACAAAAUGUUUUCGUUCAAUUCAUGCUUCCUAACACAAGAAACAGAGUUACCUACGUAGAUUCUCUUACCAAAACCAGGUACAGUACUCUACCUCAACAAAAUGAAUUACAAAACAUGAAACAAUCUGAUACAUAGCCAAUCACUAGUUUAAUUGAAUAUAUUGAAAUAGCAUAAGUCAACACACGAACCUACCUCAAUAAUUAUUACAUAUUGUUCUUAUCGUGGAGCAUAUUCCGCUGGGUUUGAUGCAAAAUUAGUAAGGCAAUUGAACAAAGUUAUACAUUUAAACAAAAAUGAUAUUUACAAUUGAAACUAAACUGAUGACGCAACUAAAGCAAAUAUAAUAGGUGUAUUAAAUAUAUGAAACCAAGAUAGAGUGUAUCUGAAAACGAAGGUUCAAAUUGGAAGGAAAAUAUUUUGAAUAUUAUUUUAAAGCAAUACUAUGGAAUAAAACAAAACGAUAACCGAAUAGUUGCAGAACCUAGCAAGUACCAUCACAGGAAAGAUGCUCCUUAACUAUAUAUAACAUCGUUGUUUCUGUAGUUUGAAUGGAACGCAGACUAUUCUUUGCUUACGAAAAAUAACAAUCUAAAAUGUACAAAGAUGACCAGCGGCGAAUCUGUUAGGUGUAAUAAACUGGAGUAAUACUAUAUACAAUGAUCAUGUCUGUUGUUGGAAAAUAAAGGAGAAAAGCAUUACCAUAUACUGUUCAAUUCGUGUUUGACAACAACCAAAUAAAACACGGACAAUUAUUACUGGAAAAUGUGCAUGCUGAAGCGAAACUGUAGAGAAAACAAAAACAUUUCUACGUACCGAAACUGUAUUAUCAAAUGGUUGUGUUAGAUUAAUUAAUUACCUAUUAUUGAGGAUUAGAAGCUUUCCAUUUGGGCUGAUUUCGAUAUUUCCCCGUUCCAUCUAACGCGCUUCCCACAUGUUCCUCACACAUCAGCGCUUCUCAGUUUCCAUCCCACAGUCACAGCGUUUGGCAUUCAUUAGUUCUUGCCUCCUUCGCCACAAACCAGAAACACGCUUUUACUUCCGUCGGGCGGCUUCAGUUGAUUGGUCGCGCGGGUGACUGAAGUGGAUUUCCCGCCAUUUAUGUUUCCCCCACCGACCGUCGGCGUGUUAUGGAGCCGCCCUUUCGACAUUAUCUCCCCCUUGUUGAACAUCGCCUAUCAACAUUGGGUUGCGUUUUCGGAAGUGAUACAAUCACUUUGCGUCUUUCGUUCUAGUGCUUUAUCCUUCACCGGUGUUAGGUGAUUAUUAUCUGCUUUAUGAGGUAUUUAAUUUAUGAUCUUCCAAUCUACAAGUAGUGACUUCGUUAAUCCUUGCAGUAUUUAGUCCAGGUAAUCAAACUGGAAAACUUUCUAUGUACCUCUGUUCAAACAACAAACGAAAUCUUAGUUACCGCAUUUAUAGACUUUUUUGUUUUUUUUUUUUUUUUUUAAUGUCAUUUAUGUACAUGUAUUGAUUUGUCGUUAAAACAUCGUUUAUUUACAUUAAUUACUAUUACUGUACAUUCAAGUUUUGUGCCAAAUUCUUUAAUUAUUUCAAAUGAAAUCCAGUAAAACACACCUGUAUUGUGUCGUGAGUAGAAUAUUAUCUGAAGUUAUACUUUCAGUGAUUUUAGAGCACCAUGAACGGGUGCAAACCGAAUAUACGAUUGUAUAUCGAAUUAGCAUCAAACGUGGUGGAAAAAAUUUUAAUUAAGAAACAUAGAACAAUGGAAAAUCUAGAUUAUUUUGUCGACACACCUUCGUCAUAUCAGAGAAUGAACAAUAUUAAUAUCGCAGACAAGCAUAAGUUUUGCAAUAAUGAAAAGUAAGAGCAACAUAUCCAAAUUUUGUGAAACGAAAAGAAAACAUAGCGAAUACCAGUUAUUUUCAUCUUAAUAGCAACAUAUCCAUCUUGGGUUUUAAAGUUAGUCGACAAAAAUGAGAUGAAUCGGAUAACAUAAAUCAUUUCUAAAUCGUUGUAACCAUUGAAUGUGUAUUUGAUAAAACAUAUAAACCAAUAACAAAUCGUCACAAACACAGUACAUUGCAUCAGGUAUAAGAGUACUAGCGUAAAAACGAAUAUCAUGUGGUAUUGAUGGACGACAGUCUUUACUAUAUAAAUAAAAUUGAUUGCUCAAGUAAAUUUCGUUUGAACCACUCAAAUAGUUCUUCCUGUUUAUUUAGUUGUUAUAUCUAUUUACCGAAACUGAAUUCAGUCGCACUUAACAAACAAACAAAAACACAGUUCGUAAGGCGCUGUACAUUGAAUUAUGUUGCCAUCCUUAUUUUUCGAACAAUACCACUAGCGAAUAAGAAUGUUAUCAUUUUCAGCUAAACUGAAAAACAAAAAUAGUUGAGGUAUUUAAUUUGUGUAUAAACAAGACUAGAUUUAUUGUAUGAAGAGAGUAAUAGAAUGAGAUUAUGUUUAUCACUUGAUAUAAAAUCGAACAAAAAAAUAAAAAAAACGUAUGUGAAUUUUCAUGAGAAAUGCAAGGUUUAAAUUAUAUGGAGAAAAA